GACUGGAAGAAGAGCAGACGACAACGCCAAGAUUCCAUAAUUUCAAUUUCACCUUAUUACUAUGAUUGAACUCUCUGAUGGCUGGCGACCACUGUCCCAGAGAACUUGUAGCUUCGAAAUGAGAAAUUAAGCCUCCGCAGCUCAUCAUCCGGCUGUAGGUUAGCAGUUGCAUUUAAGACCUCUCGCCAGAAAGUGCUUUCUUUUUGAUGAAAAAAUUAAAUCUCUUUCCAUUUCUUGUUUGUUUUUCAUUUUGAUUAUUUAUUUUUUGUUGUUGUUGUUGUUGUGCUAAAUCAAGUUAAGAGCGAUAAUAAUUUUUUUUCUUGUGUAGAAAAAAAGAAAGUUCGCAAAGUGUUUGCUUAACAUUUUAUCGAUAAAUAUUUAAAUUUCCAUAACAAUAAGUUGGUACAACAGUAAUACCAGUAUUUUGUCAAUUAUUGAGUAAAAUGUUUGUUAGAAGAAGAAUAAUUGCUAUCAAUAAUAAUAGCAUCGGUGAUAGCAAUGGUUUCCAGAGAUCUCUAAAUUAUGGAAUCAAUGACAACAAUACGGAGAUGUGCUUGCAAGUGGCUACAAAUGUCACUGAACAAAAACAUCAUGUUACCCGCGAAGUGCGAGGUAAACAUUUGGGUUUUUGUCGAGGUUUCCGUGGUUGUACUGUUUGGCUAACUGGCCUCAGUGGAGCUGGCAAAACAUCGAUUGCUUUUGAACUCGAAGCCUACCUCGUAUCACGUGGAAUUCCUGCAUAUGGUCUAGAUGGCGACAACAUUCGAACUGGUCUCAAUAAGAAUCUCGGAUUCACUCCAUCCGAUCGAGAAGAGAAUAUUCGUCGGGUUGGUGAAGUCGCAAAACUAUUUGCCGAUAGUGGAGUUGUAGCGAUAUGUAGUUUCGUGUCGCCAUUUAGUGACGAUCGUGCAAUGGCAAGGAAAAUUCACAAAGAUGCUGAUUUAAAAUUCUAUGAAAUAUUUGUUGAUACACCACUGUCAGUUUGUGAGUCUAGAGAUGUUAAAGGUCUAUACAAAAAAGCCCGAGAAGGAACCAUCAAAGGAUUCACCGGUGUAACUCAAGAAUACGAAAGACCAAAUGAACCAGAUUUGGUUGUAAACACUGACGGCUUCACAAUUCAAGAAUCAACAAAAAAAGUUGUUCAACUUCUUGAAGAUGAAGGAAUCAUACCCAAAGCUUUAAGAGACAUUCAACAGCUUCCAGAAUUAUUUGUAGAUAGCAGUUUAAAACAAGCAUUUUUACAUGAAACCAAAUCAUUACCAAAGAUUCCUAUUACCACUGUUGAACUGCAGUGGGUACAAGUACUAUCCGAAGGAUGGGCAUUCCCAUUAAAAGGUUUCAUGCGAGAAAGUGAAUACCUUCAGGCAUUGCAUUUCAAUACUAUUCUCAGUGAGGAUGGUGCAUUUCGAGAUAACCAAUCAGUGCCUAUUGUUUUGUCUGUAAAUGCUGAAGCAAGGGAGAAAUAUGAAGGUGUUAGUGCAAUUACAUUAACUUACAACGAAAAACCAGUAGCAAUUUUGAGAAAGCCAGAAUUCUAUCUUCAGCGGAAAGAAGAACGCCUAUCAAGACAAUUUGGCACAAGUAAUCCCCUCCAUCCGUAUAGUAAAAUGGUUUAUGAGUCUGGCGAGUAUUUGGUAGGUGGUGAUUUGGAAGUUUACGAGCGCAUCCAAUGGAAUGACGGUUUGGAUCAGUAUCGUCUGACGCCAAAUGAAUUACGCAUUAGGUUCAGAGACCUCAAUGCUGAUGCCAUUUUUGCCUUUCAGCUUCGCAAUCCUAUUCACAAUGGACAUGCACUACUUAUGCAAGAUACCAAAAGACAACUUCUCGAAAGAGGUUUCAAAAGACCCGUUUUACUAUUACAUCCGCUGGGCGGUUGGACAAAAGACGAUGAUGUUCCUUUAGAUGUUCGAAUGGCUCAACAUCAAGCUGUGCUUGAUUCGGGAGCAUUGAAACGAGAGGAUACAAUAUUGGCGAUAUUCCCCUCACCAAUGAUGUAUGCUGGACCAACUGAAGUACAAUGGCAUGCUAAAGCUCGAAUGAAUGCUGGCGCAAACUUUUAUAUUGUUGGAAGAGAUCCAGCUGGCAUGCCGCAUCCAGAUAAAAAUAUGUAUGCAGAUGGUAAUCUCUAUGAUGGCACCCAUGGAGCGAGGGUGUUGAAAAUGGCACAAGGGCUUGAUAGUUUAGAAAUUUUACCUUUCCGAGUAGCAGCCUACGAUAAGUCUUCAUCGAAAAUGGCCUUCUUCGAUCCAAGUAGAAAAGAUGAAUUUGAAUUCAUAUCAGGAACAAAAAUGCGCACGCUAGCCAGAACGGGAGAACUUCCACCCGAUGGUUUUAUGGAACCAAAAGCAUGGAAAAUACUUGCAGAGUUUUAUCAAAAUACUAUUAAGAACUAAAAAAUGUACUUUUAUCAAAACAAAAACAAAAAUCUCUUAAAUAUUUUCUAGGCAGCAACUUAAAAAUUUAUAUUCAGGUCAAAAUUAAAUCGCCCACCUCUAAUUUUGUUUCUUCCACAAAGCUAAGAGUAGUAAAAAUCAUAACAAUUUUUGAGAUAACACGAAUUAUUGUUCUUAUACUUACUUCUUACUUAAACUUUUUUUGUAUAGAUUUUUUAUAUUCACCUAAAAAGUCGCUCGAAUAAAAUUUAACAAUUAUGCCAACAAGGUGGUGACGAUUUAAAUUUAAAUUGCAAAGUUCACUUACGUGAAAUCACUGUUUUUAAGUAAAGUAAACAUUCAAAAUUAUAUAACUCAAUGUAGAAUUGCGUAGUGCUUAAAACAAACUUUGAAAUCGAAAAUAUGAGACAAGUUAUUAGAUAGAAUUAAACAAAACAAAACUUAACGUACUUCUUCAAUGUGAGUGAUUUGAUUUAUACUUGAUUAUUCCUACCUAUUUAUUUUGUUUUAAAAAGUUUACUUUAAUUGUAUACUUUAUUACUUUUUUUCCAAUAUGUAUUUACUUUCAAAUAAAACCUUAAAGGUUUUGUUUGUUAAAAAAAAGCAUUUCCAAUUUUAAUAUUUCAAAUAAUGUGCAAUGCAAUAUUCUUUUUUUUUUUUUUGUUUAUAUUUUAUAAUUAUUUCCGGUGCAACUUAAGUUAAAAGUUUAUAAAUUUAUAUUUUAUAAUUAUUAAAUAAUUGUUAUCAAAAAUAGUUAAUAACUAGUUC